GUAUGGAGCUCAGUCAACUUCCUCUUGUGUUCUUGCUGAUUUCAAUCAUUCACUCUGGACAAACUGAAGAAAAAAACCCAAAAGCCAAAGUGACCAUUAAACCUGCUCAACAUGUAUUCAGAGGAGACACAGUCACUCUCAGAUGUGAAAUAAAUGGUGAAGGAGUCACUAUCAGUCACUGGUAUAAAGAAGGUUUGACUGGUGUUUUUAGCAAACUAAAGGAACACACAUUCAGUUCUGUUACUGAGUCUGACGCAGGUAAAUACUCCUGUUAUGGAUCAGCAACACAAGGAUCAACCUGGUCACAAAUGAGUGAUGCAGUUACACUGACAGUAUCAGAAAGACCAAAAUCUAAAGUGACCAUUAAACCUGCUCAACAUGUAUUCAGAGGAGACACAGUCACUCUCAGAUGUGACAUUUAUGGUGAAGGAGUCACUAGCUGGAGCUACAGCUGGUAUAAAGAAGGUUCAACCAGGAUUGUCAGUGAUCGACAGGAACACACAUUCAGUUCUGUUACUGAGUCUGACGCAGGUAAAUACUCCUGUAAUGGAUCAGAGACAGAAGGAUCACGCUGGUCACAAAUGAGUGAUGCAGUUACACUGACAGUAUCAGAUGUAGGUGGUGUGGCACAGUAG